CAGCAGAGGCCGUUGGUCAAAAAAUAAGCUAGUUAGCAACCGAAACAUAAGCUACCGAAUGUCGAGCUAGGUCUUGCUGUUUUUGCGUGUAGGAAACAGAUUCUUCCCUGGUGAUUUUAGGAAACAGUUAGGACUAGUUUUAAGUAAUUUAAUCAACGUACAAAGUUUUUGUCGCUGGGUGGCUGUAACGUUAUUCAACGCACCGCUUGCAAACUGUCUUUACCUUAACGCAGCUAGCUAGCUAACGUUUAGCAACCGACGUCCUGAAGCAGCCCUACGUUAUUUGUUGAGGCGUCAGUCAGCUGUCGAUAUCAACAAAAAGCGCUGUGUGUCGGUGUUCUCUUACAGCUGGGAAAGUGUGGUUGUACUGCUUGGUCUUUUUUAUUUUACAUACAAAAAAGGACAAAAGGAGUAGAUUAUGCAUCACGUCAAAGUGAAGACAGAAAGACCGGAUAUUGAUGGAACUGGUGCACGUAGCAGACUGGAUGCUGUACUAAAGGGGCUGGUUGAGAAGACUGAAAAUGAGAGGGAGCAAAAUGAGGGUGAGACUGGAAAGAUAUCAGCAGACUCUUUGAACAAGGAUUUGUCUCCAUCAUCUGCUGGAAAAAGGCCAUCAGCUCGUUUUCCACAGCAUCGGAGGAAGAAAAGAAAAGAGAUGGAUGAGGGCAUACCAGAAACCAAUCAGCAUAAACAAAAUUCGUACAUAAUAAAGUUGUUUGAUCGUAGUGUUGAUUUGGCUCAGUUCAACACCAGCACCCCACUAUAUCCGAUCUGCCGUUCCUGGAUGAGAAACAAUCCCUCUGUUCGAGAGCCUCUGGCAUCCCCAAGCCCCCCACACAGCAUGGUAGAGGAAGAGGUCACAGACAUGAUCAAUGGUAAAGGUCAGAAUGUGUACAGACUCCCUCCUCCGACCUCCUGUCCAGUCAGUCCAACGGGUGAACUCAUCAAUCUCAGGAUCCCACAGACGGAAAAACCCACUGUGACAAAGUUAACAGAACCGGUACCUCUACCAGGUUCUCUCAUAAUGGACCACAUGGAACGAUGGAAAAAGAUAAGACAAAAAUGGAAAGAGUGCUCUAACAAGAACCAGCUGAGAUACAGUGAGAGUAUAAAGAUCCUUAAGGAGAUGAAGGAGCUCUAUGAUCACUGAUGGCUCGUAAAUUCCAGAGAAUUAACUUGUAAAGCAACCAUGGCAAACAACGUAUGAAACACCUGCCACCUACACGAUUAGACUCAUAGGAAGCCUUAACACAGCCUUGCGCCUUAAGCAAACCAACCUUUCUAUCCACUGUGGGCAAAAGCUAAAUUGUAGGUUUAGGUUUUUGCAAUGUAUUUUGCAUGAAUCCCCUCUUGUGUGAUUUUGAAAUGUUGUAAUUCAUAACAAUACAGAGAACUAUUAAAAAAAUAAGUCUCCCUAGUUUU